AUGGCACAGAACCACAAGACCGAGUUGGCGGAGGGCAACACCUGCGUGUACAAACCUUUCUAUACCUGGAGCGAAGGAGAUGGACCUGGCUGGAAAGAGCAUAUAGAUGUCGAUAUCCGCAAGCCACAAAACCAGGAAGCCUGCCUACAACCCGUGUGGGAGGUGAUUGAAAAGGAGACGGUCAGCUUGGUAUACAACAUGCCCCAGUUCUGGUGGUCAGAGCAUAACAAGAAUGCCAGUGGCUACUUUGGCUUUUCCUGGCUUCGUCUGCAGGUCAAGGUACAAGACGCUGUACACGAGUACUAUUGGUAUAAGAUCAAUAUACUUGUUGACUGGCAGUCAUCUGGCGCCACCAAGAUUGUUCUCUUUGACCCCAGACCGCAAGUCAGCGAGAAGAUCGCGGCCAAGUUGCUCAUCAACGUGCCCAAAGACAAGAGCCAUCUCAAGGACCCAUUCUGGGUCUAUGGACAAGUCUUUGAAGAUCUCAUCUCUGUACAAGACACCUCCGUCUGGCAGAUCAGGGGUCUAACACGGGAUGCCGAGAAGAGGAAGGACAUGGGCGAGGGUCUCAACACCUCUGUCACAUAUUUUGACACGCUCCAUGAUAUUCUUCGUCAUGCGACACACGGCAUGGAGACCUUGCAAACGUCGAUCAAAACGAUACACAAUAUCAUGAGCAGCCAUGAGACACUUGGUGCUCGAUUCGCCCAAGCUCACGCGCAGGCCCCGGCAGAUGGGAAGAACGCAGACACGGACAGGCGCGUUGCGUUUUACUACAACGAAGAAAGGCUCCGGUUCUACGAGAGCUUCUUCGAAUCAACCCUGGGCCGGGCGACGGCCAACAAGGAACGGCUGACCAACCAGAUCCAGCUCGAGUUCCACAAGGUCACCAAGGCGGACAGCGACGCCAUGAAAAUGGUAGCCUUUGUGACGCUCCUGUUCCUGCCCGCCACGUUUGUGGCGGCCAUAUUCUCGACCACCUUUUUUUCCUAUGAGGGCGACGAAUGGAUGAUGUCGGGGCAGUUCUGGAUCUACUGGGCCUUUGCCAUCCCCAUCACGUUCACGACAGCGUGGCUGUGGACGCUAUGGCGCUACAGGGGCAAAAUUGGCCGGUGGUAUGGGAAGAGACGCGAAAGGGCUGAGAAGGGGGAGAAGGAGAGACAAAUCGCGCAAUUGAAAGGCUAG